AUGGCCCAGCCCAAUGCAGAGCCCGUCGAGGAAUAUGACUAUGAAUCGCUACCUCCCAACUUCUCCCUCGUGCAGAACAUGGCUGCCGGGGCGUUCGCGGGCAUAGCGGAACAUACUGUUAUGUAUCCUAUUGACGCCAUCAAGACCCGAAUGCAGGUCCUCAACCCUAGUCCCUCGGCUGUAUAUGACGGCGUCAUCCAAGGCACCUACCGCAUAGCCAGUCGCGAAGGCUUCCUGAGCUUGUGGAGAGGCAUGUCUAGUGUUGUUGCUGGCGCCGGUCCUGCUCACGCUGUUUACUUUGCUACCUAUGAGGCUGUCAAGCAUGUCAUGGGUGGCAACCAGGCCGGUGUUCACCAUCCCCUGGCUGCCGCGACCAGUGGUGCUUGCGCUACGAUUGCCAGCGAUGCGUUGAUGAACCCCUUUGAUGUGAUCAAGCAGCGCAUGCAGAUCCAAGGCUCGGCCAAGAUGUACCGCUCCAUGACCGAUUGUGCCAAGUACGUCUACAAGACGGAAGGACUGGCGGCAUUUUAUGUGUCCUAUCCGACCACCCUCUCCAUGACGGUGCCCUUCACGGCCCUCCAAUUCCUCGCGUACGAAUCCAUAUCGACGGUCAUGAACCCGGACAAGGGAUACGACCCCACAACACAUUGCUUGGCCGGUGGUGUUGCCGGUGGGUUUGCCGCCGCCCUGACUACGCCCAUGGACGUUAUCAAAACCAUGCUUCAGACUCGAGGAACGGCCACUGAUCCGGCACUGAGAAACGUGAACGGGUUCAUGGCCGGUUGUCGGUUAUUGUAUGAGCGUGAAGGGUUUCGUGGCUUUUUCAAGGGUGUACGCCCCCGUGUCGUCACCACCAUGCCUAGCACGGCCAUUUGCUGGUCCGCAUACGAGGCUUGCAAGGCCUACUUCAUCGCACGAAACGACAACACGAGCCCUUGA